AUGUCCAUCCGCGGAGCUCAACUUUCGGAUAUUGCUUGGACGCCUGUGGUGUAUAACAGGCCGAAUGCAGCUGCAAAACACGCUCCGAAAUUACGGUAUUCGUUGAGCGAGUGCAAGCUUUCUCUUUCCGGAUUUCCGGAUCCACCAAUUCCGGCGAAUCCCCUCGAGAACGUUUGCGCAUGCGCACUGACGGAAGUUGACAGAUUGGUUGAGAGCGAAAUCCAGCGCCGAUUACACCAAGGCUUUUCUUGUUCACCGUGCGAUCUGGAGAUCGGCCAACAUGCGGCUUCCCCGCUUUACGACCCGUGCGACCGGGAUUAUGUGCCUCCACCGAAUAGAUGCGUGCCGAGUGUGAAAAAAAAUGCGCACUUGAUUCCGUGCCUGGAAGUCCGGAAGACGAUCCUCAAGAACAGGAGAGGCGGUGAACCGGCGGCUGAUCAGAGCUUUUCGGCUAGUUUGAAGUCUGCGGAAGAGGCUUUGGCGCUGCAUUAUGGAGAAACCCCAAAUGCUCAGGACCUGAUUCAUGAUAUGUCACUCACUGUUCGUCCAGGUGUCGCUCGCUUGAAACCAGGUGACGCCUUCGUCCACGGGGCAACAAGGGACCGAGUGAGAGCAGAAAUUUCUUUCGAAGACGAGCCAUGGGUUGAUUUCUACGCAUCUCUGGUAUCUGCGAGGACACUGGCAGCAGUCAUAACUUUGUUGGAACAACUUGAUGAAGAUGUCAGGGCACAUGAAGUACUCAAGUACGUCAGUGGACGAACGUACUUGCUACAAGAAAUGCAACUGAUUGAGAAAUUCACUGACGAGGUUAACGAGAAGUUCUUCUUUUGGCUGCGUAAUCUUGAAGACACAUCGACCGAUCCAGGCAUUGUCUCCCAAUUCGACGGCUUCGAAGUUUCCAGAAAGGAAUGGCUUCACCGACUCCGACAGCAGCGGGAACUCGAAGAACUGAUCACCUACCAACUCAACCGUUUGACACCGAUACAAGGCAUGAAGAUGGAAGCGUAUUUUAAGAAGGUCAAGGCUGGGAAAAGAUUGCUUGCAACAUCUAACAAAGCCAGGGACGCCAUUCAAAUGAAGGCUUGUCGAGCUGACCGACUCCAGGAAUUUGUUCAGCUCACGUUUAAAACGAUUGAUGAAGUAGUGAAAUGCUGGGGUUCUCUCGGGUCGGAUUCGGAGCCACCCACAGGAGUGAGCUUGAUCUUGGAAGCCAUGAUCCGCAACGUGACCAAGAAACCAUCGGACAUAUAUUCUGAUCUCAAGACUGUAUUCCAAACACGACGAGUUCCCAUGUUUCGCAAUAUCCAGUCGUUCAUCUGCACGGUGCUGAAUCAGUCGGAGCAAUUGACAACAAGUUUAAAGGAAUUGCACAAAGUUUUGCUAAACACUGUCGACCCCAACGGGAAACAGCCAGGAUCGCUUGGAGACGGAUCCGUCCGCAUGGACAAGCAGGUGACCGCCAUGUUACUACAGCAGAAGGCGGAGAACAUCGGAAUGGAAGCAGAAAUUCUUCGACUGAAAAAGUUCUGGGUUGACAAAGCGAAGACGAUGCGAGUGCAGAAUGAAGCAGUGGAGGAUGCAAUUUAUGCCACCGGGUUGUCAGCCAUCAACUGGUGUGAUUUGAUCGGACAGUUUAAAGCCAGGUUCUUGGGUUACAACCCCAAGAGCGGAUUUCCUGUUGGACUUUCUACCAGGGAAACUGAUGGAAUGGCGAACGCCCAGAGAAAUGCCUUGAAUUCCGCGGAAAUGCAAGAAGCCAGGAUUCAGGCCCCAUUGUACAUCCUGGGCUCCAAAUGGCCAACAAUCGUCAAGUCAAUUAACUGCGCCAUCAAGAAAUUAGCUGCCUACAUCAAAGACGAGACGUUUGAGGAGUUUCUUAUGGACAUCCUGCUGAACGAUUUUUUGGCCGAAGACAAAAAGGAGGCGAUUGACAAAGAGCGUAUGUAUCUCAUCAAGUUGGUCUGCGACUUGGACCUGGAAGUUUUCAACCUCACAAGACACGAUUUACGCAUGUACGCAGUUGACGAUAGAGACUUCGACGGACAAGGUCAGGGUUAUUCGCAGUCACAAAGAACGUUUCAUGGAGACUCAGAUUCGAUUUUUGGUGGACCUAAGAUAAACACUGCAAUCGUCUUUGUGCCUCAAAUGCAGCAAUGGAUAGUGGAAAGAUUCGGAAAGUUCCAUUCGAUCCUGGACGCAGGUUUGAACGUGAUAGUUCCAGUUGCCGACAAGAUUUCGCGAACAAUUUCCCUAAAAGAAAUUGCCAAGCGAAUCCCAUCCCAACCGGUCAUCACAGCAGACAACGUCAUGUUGGACAUUGACGGAAUCUUGUACAUGAAAGUCAGCGACCCGUACAAGGCUUCGUACGGAGUCAAGAACCCCGACUAUGCUAUCGAACAAAUCGCUAUGACAACCAUGAGGUCGGAGAUCGGUAAAAUAACCUUGGAUAACUUGUUCAGGGAAAGGGAGAAUCUAAACACGAAAAUCGUGGAUUCCUUGAGUAACGCAGUGGAUCCAUGGGGUGUUCAGAUCAUGAGAUAUGAAAUUCGAGAUAUUCGGUUGCCGAGCGGGGUUCAAAGGGCCAUGGUAAUGAUCGUGGAGGCGGAACGCAAGAAAAGGGCCGCGAUAUUGGAGUCCCAGGGCAGGAAACAAGCCGAAAUCAAUAUAGCCGAGGGCCACAGAGCAGCCAGGAUCCUCUCAUCAGAGGCUGAUAAACAGGAAGAAAUCAACCGAGCUCAUGGCGACGCAGCUGCAGUGAUUGCGAGGGCGGAAGCUCACGCGAAAUCCUUGGAAAUUCUCGCCGCGAAGCUGGGAAAUCAGACGGGGAUUAACGCCGCAGCUUUGCAAGUAGCAGAGAAUUACGUGGAAGCUUUUCGAAAGCUCGCCAAGGAAAGCAACACCAUGAUCAUUCCUAACAAUCCUGACGACGUUUCAACUGCGGUUGCCAAGGCCAUGACCAUAUACAAGCAAUUCGCUAAGCGUCCCGAAGGAAACAAUCCUUCAUCCGAUGGUCCAUUCCCAACUGCCACCGAGAUCCGAGAAAAAUCUGGGUUUGAUGAAAAAUGAUCACUCGAAAGUUGCGUUCCUCUGGACAAGCCUGUUCAUUCAAGUGCAUUGCCAAGUUUUGUGAAUGCAUUGAACCGACGAAGUUAAUCCGCGAGAAGUUGCUGAAGAACUCUUGGUGGAACUUACUUCAGAACAUUCGUUUUUAUGAUUCUUUGAUAUUGUUCAUAUUUUUGCUCUAUGGAUUUUUCAAAACCAGUCGAAUAAUAAAUGUUGUCCAAAUUUAAAAAAUA